UACAAACAUCGCUGUGUUUAGCUUAUGAGCCACAGUCUUGUCACAGCACCAGUCCGCCACACCUCCCAUCCAUAUAAACGCGCAAAUAUAAAAGCGCUAAAAGUAGGUAAGAACAGCGCCCCCUGCCUCAGCUGCUGGAAUGUCACACUGUACAACAGGUGCACUUACCCGGGGUAUGGAGACUAUUCCUGCACCGAAUCCCCCACGCCUAAACCCUGCCCGAUAGCGCUACUUCCCCAGUGAGAUAACACAGAGGGGCGGUGCCGAGGGCGGGGGCAGGCUUCCCUCUGUAGCCCGGUGGAGCUGUGCCGCUGCCUGUAUUACUUGCUGAGGAGCAGCGCAUGUGUGUGUAGGAUAAGGGGAGCUGAGCAAAUUCUCUAUCCCAUCAACGGGAAUCAGCCAGUAUCCGCGCAUGUGACCAUAUAGAACUGAGAUCUGCAGCAGUUUCGGUUGCUAGAGAUUACCUUCUGGAAGGAGUGGUUGUAUCAAUGAAGAAGACCAAUGUAUCAGGAAAUGGCAUUACUAGCAGGGAAGGCAGAGUCAGACUUCACUUCCUUCAGAGUGAAAAGCUUGGAGAACUUUUGUGAAGUCCGUACAAGGAAAGGGGCGUUUUACAAAACAGCUAAGCUUCUCCGUCCAGGUGAGGAGCGAUAUAAUAGAGGGCAAUUGGAAGACAGAACACGACAUGUUAUUAUUAAUGUAGGGGGCAUCAAGUACAGGAUUCCAUGGACCACACUGGAAAACUGCCCUUUGACGCGACUUGGAAAGCUAAAAACCUGUAAUAACUAUGAUGAAAUAUUGGACGUUUGUGAUGAUUAUGAUAUCAAUUGCAAUGAGUUCUUCUUUGAUCGCAACCCAUGUGCCUUCAGGACUAUAAUGACUUUUCUGGCAGCUGGGAAACUGCGAAUACUGCGGGAAAUGUGUGCUCUGUCUUUCCAAGAAGAACUUAUAUACUGGGGAAUCGAAGAAGAACAGCUGGAGUGGUGUUGCCUAAGAAAACUGAAGCAAAAAGAAGAGGAACUUGCUGAAGCCAAGAUGUAUGAAGGGGAAUUUGGGAUUUCAAAAGAGAAUUCACAAAGUGCCUUGCAAGACAGUGGCCGUAUGGCUCAGUGUAUGAAGCAUCUCAGGGACAUGGUGGAGAACCCUCACUCAGGGAUCCCGGGGAAGAUAUUUGCCUGCCUGUCAGUCUCAUUUGUGGCCAUCACAGCAGUCAGCCUGUGUAUUAGCACUAUGCCUGAUUUUAGAGAAGAAGAGGACAGAGGUGAAUGUUCCCAGAAGUGCUACGAUAUUUUCGUGUUAGAGACAGUUUGCGUGGCUUGGUUUUCCUUGGAGUUUGUUUUGCGUUUCAUCCAAGCCGAAAGCAAGUGUGUGUUUUUAAGGACACCACUGAAUAUGAUUGACAUAAUGGCCAUCUUGCCUUACUAUAUCACGCUUAUAGUGGAUGCCCUUUCUGGAGGAAAAUCAGGAGGGGCUGGAAACAACUAUUUGGAGAAAGUGGGACUAGUGCUACGUGUACUUCGAGCUCUGCGCAUUUUAUAUGUAAUGAGGCUAGCGAGGCAUUCCCUUGGGCUGCAGACAUUAGGCCUCACAGUCAGAAGGUGCACCAGAGAAUUUGGACUCCUCCUUCUCUUCUUAUGUGUUGCCAUGGCGCUGUUUUCCCCACUUGUGUAUUUAGCAGAGAGUGAACUAGGUGCCAAGCAGGAAUUCACAAGUAUUCCAGGAAGCUACUGGUGGGCAGUAAUCUCUAUGACAACAGUAGGCUAUGGCGACAUGGUUCCUCGGAGCAUCCCAGGACAGGUGGUGGCCCUGAGCAGCAUUCUGAGUGGUAUCUUGCUCAUGGCAUUUCCAGUAACCUCAAUCUUCCACACAUUUUCCCGCUCUUAUACAGAACUCAAGGAACAACAGCAACGAGCCAGCCGGCAGAUACCAAGACUAGAGGAAAGGGAGCCUUGCACAGAGACUGAGUCCUAAUUAUUAGUUAAUUAACUCCGCAGCACCAACACUGUCACAGUAUACAGAAAUAUACACAAGUACAACCAUUAAUUAUGGUGUUUUUAGAAAUUUGUAAUAUUUUCCUGUGUUAAAGCUUAUAUCGUUCCAGCCAAGGUUAAUGCUGGUGGACCAUUGGCUAACGUGGCCAUAAAACAUAUGUUCUGUUAUCCUUAAUUUCUGGUAUUAGGUAUAGAAUCAGCACAACAUCACAGGAAUGGUAUUUGUAACUAAUUAUAAAAGCUGGACUAAUAUUACUGUAUUGCAGCCUGUUCAUUUCCAGUGUUGGCAGUGGAAUAAGAUACUGUCCAUAUUACACAAGGGACUUUCUUUUUAUCUACCGAAUGUUUGUAAAACAGUGCUUUAGAAGAAUAAAUAUAUUUCUAUGUGA